AAAAACAAGACUUCCCCAACAUCUAACAACUCCAACAUAUAUCUUCUUAUAACAGUUCUUGAUUUAUCUUUAAGAACCAAACAAAGAAAACCAAAACCUAGAAGAAGAAAAAUGGGAGAUCAAGGAGUACAACAAAUGCAACAGCCUAUUGUUGUGUAUCCUAACGCAUAUAAUAAUCAGUAUCCAAACCCAUCUUCUUCUUCAAAACAUUCUUCUUCCUCCGGUUCAAGCGGAAACUUUGGGACGGUCUUCAUAGUCCUAGCUGUGAUCUUUGUCUUGUCGGCUCUGGCUUGUGUCUUUGGGAGGGUAUGUAACCGUGAAAGCCGUGCGGCUAAGCAGCACCAUAGCAAGCAUCAAAAGAAUGAGAAGACUUCGUCCAAGAAGAGCCGUGAGAUUCGCCCUGUGGAGCGUGAGCCGAGGGAGAGAGGCGAUAUGGAGUUUGGGUUAGAUAUGAAACGGCCUGAGCCAAUUGAGAAACCUUCUGGUAGAGACGAAGAUGAUAUAGAAUUCGGAUUUGAUAACAAGAGAGGAGAAAGAGGCGGAGGCGGAGGCGGAGGAGGCCCACCUCCACCGAGUAUCAAACAUGCAGUGAGGUUCAAGCUACCGGAAAAUGGAGACCAUCAAUCUAAAGGCGAGAUCAGACGUGGAGGUCCUGAGUUUGAGUUCCGACCAGGACACUAAUGAUCUUAGUUUGUCUGAGAACAAACUACUUUUAUGUUAAUGCCUUAAUUGCUUCCUAACUUUGAUUUGUUUUGUGCUUUUGCUUUUCUGGUUUGAUUUGUUCUCCUUCUUAUCUGUAUGGAACUUAGAGCUGAAGCUAUCAAACUUCUUAUAAUCCCGUGGUGUGAUUAGUAUAUUGUAAGGAGAUACUCUCGACAUAUAUAAGGUACUGAAUAAAUCCAAUAUAUGUAGCAUUUUCUAAGUAAAUUUUGUAAGUAUCAUGGUAAACAGAUUUAUGGAAGAACGUUUUUAUA